AUGGACCAGGAUUCCGGCGUCAACCUGGAAGAUGUGGGCUCAUUCUUCGGGGAUAGUCGGGGAGCUUUUGGCGUGGCUUCCCCGACUCCAGUCGAUGAUGGAAGCGAACCAGAUGUUCUGAUGGCGAGCUUCGAGGACCAUUUCGAUUUUACAUAUGGAUUUAACGACUUGGCUACAACACGGAUGACAGGGGCGGCUGUCGUUCCCCGGGUGGAUCUUGCUCACCUGUCGUCAGUUCAGCGUGAACAGCUCAUGCAGGUACUUGAUUGUUACCCAGAUCUGUUUAACGAAGGGCUGCCUCCGGGUGUGGUGCCACACAUGAAGCAUAAGAUCAAAACCACGGACGACCAACCUGUCCAUGUGAAACAAUGGCGCCUCCCGGAGAGUACGCGGCAGUAUAUUCGUGCAGAGUGCGACAAGAUGCUUGCAGACGGGGUGAUCGAGCUUUCUUGUUCCCCAUGGCUCGCUCCCACUGUGCUUGUGAAAAAGAAUGAUGGUACGACACGAUUCUGCGUCGACUACCGUGUCUUGAACGCGUAA